UAGGAACGUUCGGUGGGCAGAGUGAAAAUUUUCGUUCAGCACUUUGGCAGCAGGUGAAAAAUUUCGUGUGGAUCGGAAUUUCGGGAAUUUUGCGUUUAAAAUUUGUUGAAAAUUUGAACCUAUUUCAGCUAAACUAGCAUGGCUUCGUUGGAACAAAAGCGGGAGGCGUUCCGGAAGUACCUGGAAGGGGCCGGGGCCAUCGACUGUCUCUCAAAAGCUCUGAUCAAGCUGUACCAGCAGGAGCAGAAACCGGAGGAUGCGUGCAAGUUCCUCCGGCAGAUCAUGUGCGAGACGUGUCCCACGGACGAGCAGGUCACCGAGAUGACCAAGGACCUGGCGGAUUCGAAGAAGGAAAUCUGCUGCCUGAAGAAGGAGAUCAUGUCGAUGAAGGGCGAAGUCCGACGGAGUUCGAGCGAAGUGGCGCUCGCGUUGACCGCCGGAUUCGACAAGCUCAAGGAGGAUGAGGCCUGCACGUCGCUGCUCAAGAAGCACCUCACGGAAGAAGUCUUCAACGAGUUGAAGGAGAAGAAGACAGCGCUCAAAUCGACCCUGCUGGAUUGCGUUCAGUCCGGGCUGGAGCACCACGACUCGGGAGUUGGACUGUACGCGGCGGACGCCGAAUGUUACGAGCUGUUUGGAGCGCUCUUCAAGAAGGUCAUCAACGAGUACCACGUUGACUUUGGCGAUGACAAAACGCACCCGGCCAGCGAUUGGGGAGACGCGACCACGUUCGAGAAUCUGGACCCGGAGGGCGAGUUUAUCGUGUCGACGAGGGUGCGCUGCGGAAGGUCGAUCGAGGGUUUCCCGUUCAACCCGCGCAUGACGAUGGACCACUACGAGCAGAUUAUGGAGCGCGUGAAGACCGUCCUGGAAGGGCUGCAGGACGAUCUGAAGGGCGUGUUCCACCCGUUGGAGGGGAUGACCAAGGAACUGCAGACACAGCUCAUCGACGAUCACUACCUGUUCAAGGAAGGCGACAAGUUUCUGCAGACGGCGAACGCCUGCCGGUUCUGGCCCAUUGGACGAGCCAUCUUUUUGAACGAGCCGAAAACCUUUGUGGUUUGGGUCAACGAAGAAGACCACCUGCGGAUCAUCUCGAUGGACAAGGGCGGAGAUUUGGGUGCCAUCUACCAACGUCUCAAAACCGCCGUGGAGGCCAUCGGCAAAGACAUGGCCUUCGUGCGGAAUGAACGCCUGGGCUACCUAACCUUCUGUCCGUCCAACCUCGGUACGACGAUCCGCGCUUCGGUGCACAUCAAGCUGCCCAAGCUGGGCAAGGUGCGCGAAAAGCUGGACGAAGCGGCCGCCAAGUACAAGCUGCAGGUUCGGGGCACCCGCGGCGAGCACACCGAGUCCGAGAAGGGCGUCUUUGACAUCUCGAACAAACGACGGCUCGGCCUCACCGAGUACGAAGCGGUCAAGGAGAUGUACGACGGCAUCAAGGAGCUGAUCGAGUUGGAGAAGAACACGGAAGAUGUGAAGGAAGAGGAGAAACCGGCGGAAGCGUCUCCGUCGGAGACGAAGCCGUCCGAGUCGGCACCAAAGGUGUAGAGAUUGACAAAUCAGCUUGCUUUAAGAUUUACGGAGACAAUCGACGUAACAAGACCUGCUUAGAACAAUUUGUAUUAAAUCGUUAGUUUGCUUGCAAGAGUCUGCAAAAUUGAUUUUAUUCCCGCCAUCACUCGAUAAUUUGCCGCCGAUGUAGAAAGCGCGACCGCGCACCAAAUAAAAAGACAAACGCUGAAAAUUGA